AUGGGAGUCGAACCUACCGAGGGAACAAGUCAGUCUGGUCGAUUACGCUAUGCAUUACCAAACGAGAGGAACAUUCCAUCAAAUCAUCGAUCCAUAUCUCGUGGGAAAGAUUCACCCGGGCUACACAAAGUUCUGAUAUCAAUUCAAAACGAUUAUCGGCAAACAAAUAAAUACGAUCGAAAAAAAAUAAAGAACUCCAAGAUUUACUUGGAAAACUCGAAAGGAAAAAACCACGGUUUAUCCAAAAUUUUAACAAUAGAUGUACAAGGUGGACCUAAUAAAUUACUACAUUUGAAAUGGGUAGUACUUUAUCUCAAUGAAUUAUGGACGUUAAUGGACCUUACGCUCGAUGUGCUAACCUUCGGAAUGCUUCGGAUCCACCACUGCUUAUACCUCUAUAAAUUGGUAUGGAAAACUAAACCAACAACACGUCUCAAACACAAUCUUCUAACCAUGAAAUCCGCAUCUGCUUCUGUAUUUCUUCUUUGCUUCUCAAUCACACAAUCAUCCUUUCUGUUUGGCCUGGCCAACGCUGCAAACAAUGCCGUGCUGGAUGGUACCGGUAAAGAGGUCGUCACGGGCGUCCCAUACUAUUUAGUGUCGGUGUUAGCUGGCGAUAGUGGUGGAGGGCUUGCUAUAGGCAGAGAGAGCGGUAGAAAAUGCCCGGAAAUUGUCGUUCAGAGAAAAUCCAAUCUCGACUAUGGUGAUCCCGUGAUAUUUUCUAAUGCGGACUCCGACGCCGACGUUGUCCGUGUGUCCUCGGACGUAAAAAUAAAGUUCGUUGGACCUAGAGACAAACUCUGCCGGUCAUCAACGGUGUGGAAGGUUCAAGAUCUUGUCGAAUCAACCGGAAAAGGCUGGGUUGAACUUGGUGGGGCUGAAGGAGGCCCUGCUUGCGACACAAAGGAUUGGUUUAAAAUAGUGAGGGACGUCGACGACAUGGAUAUCAUCUACAAUUUGAAGUACUGCCCUUCGGUACGCGGUUCAUCCAUAACUGCCUGCAACAAAAUCGAGAGAGAGAUAGAUACCGAUGGGCAAAUGCGUUUGGCUCUAGCCGAUGAAGAAGGAGAUCCAUGGCCAUGGAUGUUUAUCAUGGCAAACGAAACAGAUACGAGGAUUCGACAAGUUGUUCAUGUUUAAUUGAAAGCCCAUCAUUAUGCGUAAUAUUAGUUUUAAGUUAAUAAAGGUUACGAGAGUGCUUAUCAUUAAAGUUGCCUUGUUAGAGGCAGCAGCAUGCUUAUGCUUACAGGGUUUGUACUCUUAGAGACCUACUUUGUACUACAUGGCCAUGUAGUCAUUUACUUCCUUGCUGCCAUUCAUUCUAGUAUUAGACUCAUUAGACAAA